GUGGUGGACCGUUACAGUUCACGUGGGCAUAACUACCAUGGUUCCUCACGGACGAUGAACUACAUGUCCCAGCAUCCUCUGGGCUCUCGCUUCCGAGUUAGAGCCGUCCAAUGAGAUCUUACGAGAUUUAGAAGGCGGAAGUGAAGCGGAAGCCAUUACUCUCCGGAGGCGACUUGAGUGAGACACAUGGGCAAAGGAGAGGUCUACCGCGCCUCCCUUCUACCUGGUGGGGGCCUUCCACUUCCCCGCAGCAUAUGGGGCUUCCAUAUGACUCUAUCGUCCUUCAGCCGCAGCUUCCGAGACCUCCGCUCCCUCGCCCUUGACAAACCCUUCAACUUUCUAUGAAUCUGACCACACUAGGAACUCAUGCGCCAGCUCGGAGAGGCCCGUGAGAGCAGGACAGUAGCUUCCUGGGUCACCUGGUGCCUGGCUGACGUCGUCCUCCCAGGAUGGCAGCUCCUGGGCUGUCUCCCACCUGUGCUGUGUCCACCCAGGACCCUGCCUGUCUCCAAGAGUCAGAAUUCCCUCUUUCUUCAACUCACCAUUCCUGUUCCCAGGACUUAAACCUGUUUGUGUGGCAUGGUCUGGAGCCUCUCCCAGGAGCCAGAGAUUCUAAUCAGGAAUCUGUGACUUUCCAGGACGUGGCUGUGGACUUCACUGAGAAGGAGUGGCCCCUCCUGGAUCCCUCUCAGCGGAAACUGUACAGAGACGUGAUGCUGGAGAACUACAGCAACCUGACCUCCCUGGGGUAUCAGGUUGGAAAACCCAGCCUCAUCUCUCACUUGGAGCAAGAAGAGGAGCCCAGGAUGGAGGAGAGGGGGACUCAGCAAGGGGCUUGUCCAGAUUGGGAAACUCCAUCUAAAACCAAGUGGUCGAUUCUCAUGGAAGAUAUAUUUGGGAAGGAAACAUCUGGUGGUGUGACCAUGGCACAGGACAGAGCUCGCCUUGGGGAGAAGUCGGCCGAAUAUGAGCGCUUGUUUGACGUCUUCAGCAUGGGUGCUCACCUUUCGCAGCAGCUGGGAAGGCAAGCAGGCAAGAGGCCCUUUCCCCGCCACAGCUACGGCGUGGCCUUCAAAGCCCGGGCGCCCCUCUCGCAGCGCGGGGCCGCCUACGACGGGCGGAAGAUGCACGAGUGCCACCAGUGCCAGAAAGCCUUCACCACCAGCGCCUCCCUCACGCGGCACCGGAGGAUCCACACCGGGGAGAAGCCCUACGCGUGCCGGGACUGCGGCAAGGCCUUCAACGACCCGUCGGCCCUCCGGAGCCACGCGCGGACCCACCUCAAGGAGAAGCCCUUCGACUGCAGCCAGUGUGGCAGCGCCUUCCGCACGCUGUCGGCCCUGAAGAUCCACACGCGGGUGCACACCGGCGAGCGGCCCUACAAGUGCGACGAGUGCGGCAAGGCCUACGGCCGGAGCUGCCACCUGAUAGCGCACAAGCGCACGCACACCGGGGAGCGGCCCUACGAGUGCCAGGACUGCGGCAAGGCCUUCCAGCACCCCUCGCACCUGAAGGAGCACGUGCGCAACCACACCGGGGAGAAGCCCUACGCCUGCGCGUUGUGCGGCAAGGCCUUCCGCUGGAAGUCCAACUUCAACCUGCACAAGAAGAACCACGCCGUGCAGAAGACCUACGCCUGCAAGGAGUGCGGCAAGGCCUUCGGGGACCUGGUGUCGCGCCGGAAGCACACGCGGACUCACCUGGUGAGGAAGCCCGUGGAGUGCCGCCAGUGCGGGAAGGCCUUCCGCAACCAGUCCAUCCUGAAGACCCACAUGAACUCGCACACCGGCGAGAAGCCCUACGCCUGCGACCUGUGCGGCAAGGCCUUCAGCGCCAGCUCCAACCUCACCGCGCACCGGAAGAUCCACACGCAGGAGCGGCGCUAUGAGUGUGCGGCCUGCGGCAAGGUCUUCGGCGACUACCUGUCCCGCAGGAGGCACAUGAGCGUGCACCUGGUGAAGAAGCGCGUGGAGUGCCGGCAGUGCGGCAAGGCCUUCCGCAACCAGUCCACGCUCAAGACGCACAUGCGGAGCCACACGGGGGAGAAGCCCUACGAGUGUGACCACUGUGGCAAGGCCUUCAGCAUCGGCUCCAACCUCAACGUGCACCGGCGGAUCCACACGGGCGAGAAGCCCUACGAGUGCCUGGCCUGUGGGAAGGCCUUCAGCGACCACUCCUCCCUGCGCAGUCACGUGAAAACCCACCGCGGGGAGAAGCUCUUCACCUCCUCCGUGUGGAGGAGGCUGCAGUGAGCACACAGACCCAAAGAAAGCUUCAGAGGCGAGAGACAGGUGGGACGCUUCAUGGAGCUGGACGUGCUGACAAACGCCUGUGACACCAGCACUCGGGUGGCCGAAGCAGGAGGACUGUGAGUUUGAGGCCAGCCUGGUUUACAUAGCAAGAUCUUGUCUCAAACAAAAUAAAACAAGGGGCACAUGGAAUUUAGAAAUCCAGCUUGUGCAAAGUAUAGGAACUGAGCUACUUCUUGUGGGAGAUCUAUUCGGAACUGACGCGGAGCAAGAGGAUAUGUAUCUGCCAUGGAGUCGCCUUUGGGUACAUCAGGCUCUUAAACACGGGAGAACUUGGGGAGAGAAACCCCAGCUUGGCAUUGGCUGUCAGAAUAACUUGAGUGCUUUUCUCCUUCUGGGCACACCAGAGAGAAUCUCUCAGAGCGCCCUCUGGGGAAGCCUUUCUUUGGUCUCCCUGUGAUCCUCAUGAGUGAAAUCACCAGAGAGAACUCUGUGAAGUGGAGAAGUCCACAAAAGCAGGGUGCAGGCCGUGUCCACCUGCCUGACUUUGUACUGUUUUCGAGCUAAGCAUAGCCAUUCCAUUUUCAAAGAGGAAGCACGUACUAGAUAUGACCCUUAAAUCCUAAGACACUUGCUAUCGACAGAGCAGCUUUGCCGAGCCUUGGUCUGCAGCAGGGUUCUCACCUGGGGGCAGUUUUGCCACCCAAGGGAGACUUGGCAACAGCAGGAGACAGUUUUGGGCGAAGAACAGGGGAGAGGUGCUGCCAUGUACCAGCAGGACAUCAGGGUGCUGCCGAAUUUCCUGCCAUCCACAGGAGCCUGUCAUCCUGAGGCGUGUGUCCUAAAAUGUCAGUCUCCCUGAGGUGCAGAAGGAUCCCGGCUCCUCCUCAGUUAGCACUGCAGUGACCCUUCAGUCUCUGUGAUUCUCUGGGGCAGUCCUAUUGGGAGAAAUUCAUUUUAAAAGCUUGAAAUUAGCAAAUUCUUUCGGGAAAUGUGAGACAUAGCCUGCUGGUGACCCCUGUGUGGAAAGGGUCCCUGCCACCAUCCCCUCUCCUGUGUGUGUUUGGAUCUCACUGGGAGAGAAACCCCAUGGUGUUCUCCAGAGUUCACAGUCUUUGAUCAUGAAAACAGACCCCAGCACAAUAAUUUUUCCUUUUAUUUUGAACAUUAUGCUACUCUCAGUAAUGUUUAGGGCUCAUCACAAAAGAUGUGUAUAUAAUAUUUUUACUAGAUCUUUAUUCUU